AAUAACGAUAGCAGAAACAUGCAUCGACCUAACUUGUAUCGCUUGACUUGACUUUUAUCACCUCAUUCCAUAUCUCCCCCCUUUGGCUGCUGGGAUGGGGAGAAUUCGAUCGUAUGAAUCCUAGCUAUACCAGACCAACAUCUAUAGCUACUUGAUACUUGGUACGUACAUCAUAUAUACAGUGCGUAUUUGAGCUAUAUAUCUGCGUUCUGUUGAUCGGUCGUCUGGCGUCGUUCUAAGUUGUGAAUUUCACAGGUGAGACGUAGAGCAGCUAGCUAGAUAGAAAUCGAUCGAUGGUGCUAGUAGCAGAAGCUUUUAUAGUGGCAGCGGUCGGGUGGUUCGUGUCGCCUCACAUCACCAAGCUCAUGGAGGUCGCACGAUCCUGCGCGUCCAGCAUGUGCGGCAAGCUAUCCAAGGGCACCAAGGAGAAGCUGCAGAGACUGGCGCAGGAUCUGGAGGACAUCAAGGGCUUCCUCGAUCCAGACAACAUGGGCUUCGUCAACGGCCAAACCAGGCUCGACCGUCUGUGGAGGCUCAAGGACGCCAUCCAUGACGCGGAGGAGAUCUUGGACCUGUUCCAGUUGGAGAUCCAUGAGGCCGAGACAGCGAAAGUUAAUACUAACAAUCUAGGAAAGAAGAAGACCAAGAAGAUGAAGAUGAAGCGUCAGAGCGGUGCCGGCAGCAGCAAAUCCGCGGGGAUUGCUGCUGCUGGCACCAGCAGCAAGGCUUCAUUGGAUCAGCUGGACAAAGUUCUCAAGAACCUCGACGAGCUUCGUGGCAGGGCGCAGGAGCUGUACCGAGACUCGCAUCGCGGAGAUUCUUCCAUCUUGAAAAGAGAAGAAACUGGCCCCAACCCUGCAAAGGAUCAGAAGAGCUUCUUCGGGUACCAGGACGAGUAUACCCAGCUAGUCUCCAUGCUGCAGAAGGACGGCAAGCUGCAGGAGCAGGAGAAGAAGGUCAUCGCCAUCGUUGGCGAUGCCGGGAUGGGGAAAACGGAGCUUGCUCGCCAGGCAUACCGCGACGUCCAAGAAAAGUUUGAUCUCCGCAUAUGGGUACACGCCUACGACAAGAACACAGAGUUUGACCUCCUGAAAGAGAUCUGGAAGUCUGCCGCGGGCGAUAAGCCGGUAGGCAAGAUGAACGUUUCUAGCCUUCAGACGGAGCUGGGCAAGCUGUUGAUGUCCAAGAGGUGCCUGCUCGUGCUGGACGACGUGUGGAACCACGAAUCGGCAACGACAGCAACGGCAAGGAAGCAGGCACGCGUGGCACUGGACUCGUUCACCCGUUUCGCCGGACACGGGAGCAGGAUCGUGUUGACGACUCGAGCCAAGAUCUGUGCCACGACACUCGGAGCAGCAGACGCUACCAUAGUCCUGAACGGGAUCAAACCAAAGGAGAUGACACUGCUGAUAAAUGAAACUGCAAACCUUAUAGGUACUACUGGUGACCCUCGAAGCCAGGAACUCCUUCAUAAACAGGUGCACAAGCUCAAGGGUUCCCCAUUGGCAGCCAUUGACAUCGGCGACGAGUUGAAGGAACAGAGGGCCCGGGCGAGUCUUAGACGGUGUUCCGACAUCUUAAACAACAUCGACCAUAACAUUGGCAGCGUGAUUUCAGGGCAUCUAUUCACGUACCGUCAUCUGCCGCCGCACCUGCAGCGUUGCUUCUCCUUCUGCAGCAUAUUCCCAUACGGCUGCAGGUUGGAGAUUGAAAAGUUGACCAGGAUGUGGAUAGCCCAUGGCUUCGUGGAGGACACCGAGUCUUGUCCUGGCGGAAACAACAGCAUGGAAGACAUCGCCAGAGGCUACUUCAACAGCCUGGUGGAUCGUUCCUUGUUCCAAAGAGAAGACAACAGCAACAGGGGUGGAUCAGGAGACAAAGACAAAGACGAUACAGCUUAUGUGAUCCACGAGCACAUCCAUCAGAUGAUACGCCGGGCUUCUGCCAAGAAUUGCAUGAGCAUCUCUCGCACGAGCGUGCCGAGAAGCAUCCCGGUGACGGUUCGCCACUUGGCGGUUACUAGCGGAUUUCUUGAUCAGCUCAAGGCUUACUCCACCACUCUCAGCAAUCUGCGUACCUUGCUAGUCCUAAAGGAUGAUGAUGACAACGGUCCUUCGACAUCGAACCCCUUGGUUGCCAUUGACAAAAGUGUACUGACACAAUUCAAGGGUGUGAGAGUGCUUGAUUUGUCAGAGACAGGCCUAACUCAACUGCCUGCAAGUAUCAACAAGCUGAAACAUGUGAGGUACCUAGGCCUCCCAAGCACCAUGACUGAUCUCUGCGAUCAAGUCACGGGGCUGCUGUUUCUCCAGACAUUCAGCUUCAAGGAGGGGAACAGGCAGUGCAAGUUUCCUGAUGACAUGAGCAGGCUGAUCAACAUGCGGCACCUUGACAUACAUACAGAGUGCAUCUCUACCAUCAGCCGCAUCGGGAGCCUGGUGAAGCUGCAAGGCCCACUCGAGUUCAGGAUGAUCAAGGGGUCCGAGAAAGAAGGGCAUGCCAUGUCGGAGCUGGCGGGCAUGAGCUCCCUGGGUGGGACGCUGAGCAUAAAGGGCCUGGAAGCCGUGGAGAGCAAGGAGGAAGCUGAGCAGGCUCGCCUCGCGAGCAAAGGCUCAGUCAAGGUCCUUAAGCUCGAGUGGGCGCCCCUGCAAGCAAAGCUGCAAUGCCAAGUUAAUGAAGUACCUUCAGCUGCUGGAAGCUCUGCGGCAGCUCCUCUGGCUGCUUCUGCUGACAUUGCCGCUGCCGUUCUCGAAGGCCUCCGACCACACCCGGAUCUCCGUGGCCUGCACAUCACGAGGUACCCAGGGGUGACAUGGCCGAGCUGGUUGGGCGCGCUGGAGAAGCUGACGCGGCUGUACCUCAGGAACUGCAGGAAGAUGAAGUGCCUGCCUGCUCUGGGCGGGCUGCCAUGCCUGGAGCUCCUGGACAUCAAGGAGCUGACAACUGUCGAGAGGAUCGACAGCGGCUUCUGCGGCGGCGGCGGCGGCAGGGGCGCGUUCCCGAAGCUGAAGAAGCUCCUGCUGGACGACAUGCCGAGGCUGGUGGCGUGGGACGACGCGCCGAAACAAGCGUUCUCCCGGCUGGAGGAGGUGAGCAUCGCCGACUGCCCGUUGGUGUCCUCAUUGUCGGCUCUCGGUAGCUGCAUCGGUCCCAUCCACCUGCGCGUGAAGGGACGCACCGCUAUCAGAGAGGACGCUCUGCCCGCGAAUUUCACUGACGGUGACUCUACUUGCGUGUUCGAAUAGUGCUCUCUUCUUCAGUACCGAUGUCCAGGAGCUCCUUCACCGGAGCUCAGAUGCUCGUGUUACUUUUGCAAAUGAAUAAUCUGUGGUCACCAACCAGUAUGGAGAUCUCCAUGAACCAAAACCUGUGCUCUCCCGAUAAAUCUGCAAUGGAAAAAAUCACAUCAGAAACA